GUGCAAAGAAAGCACGAAAGAGCUCGGUGUGCCUUUCGUAGCUGGCAGUCGAUUAUAUUUGGAAUUGUUCAUAAUGCAUGUCAAAUAAAAUUAUACAAGAUUUGGUAACUUCUGGCCUGGCAGAAAAAGCAUUGAAUAACCAAUUUACGAUACACCCUAGUACAACGAAAAUUUAGUAACAAAUUAACUUGAACUAUGUAAAUCCUAAUAUAUUCAGCGCGUCAAUCACAAGUCAUUCCAAUAUUUACCUUUAUUGUGAUAUGGAGUUUUUGGAUUCUCUUGAUCUAGACACUAUCGAUAAAAAGUCACACCGAGUCCGGUCUUGGUACCUGUACGAGCAAUACAAGUCGCUUGAAAGAAGCCAGUUAGAUGCUGCACAGAAACUGAAAGAUCGCUCGUAUCAGGACAGAAUUUUGCGACAGGAAUUGUCAGAACGGCGAGCUAGGCGGAAGCUUUAUGACCAAUUUGGACUAUGUCAGAGCGAGUCCCGAAUAAAAAAAGAUAAAAGCGAGAGCACAAGGUCAUCAGUCAGCGCCAGUAACGACGAUUUCUUUGAUAGUUUCUGUGCACUAAACGAGGACGAGCAAGUGACCCAAGUUACUGGAACAGUGUUAUCCGAAGAUUCGUUCAGUCGAGACUGCUUGUCUGCAAGUGUAUGCUGUAUGGACAAAUACAAAGGUACUGAAGAACAACAUAAAGAUGAUAAUUGCAGUGAUGCGGGAAGUGUCAACAGCGUAGUGGAGAAUCAGAAACAGUUUUCUGACGAGGUGUUAUCACCCAAAGAAAUGCAAUUCCUGUCAAACUCUAUAGCUCAAGAUAUAAAUAUGCAAUUUGAUUCAGUUAAAGAAGACCUACGAUGUCUUGAAAAGUUUACAAAACUUGAAGAUGUAGAUAAAAUAUCUGAUGAAGACGAAAGUGUGACUACAGUCAGUGUCGGCGUCGUAAGUGAACCGACGAGCAUACCGGUUAUCAUGAAAAGUAAUCAAGAAGACAAUAACAAUUUAAUCGCGAUAUGGUCUCGGCUAGUAUCGUUUGCAUAUCAAUUUGUACAACUGAACCAUGGUAACACUUACUGCGAUUAUAGCUCUCAAUUUUUGACGGCGGUACUGGCGUGUGAUGUGUUGCGUAGAGGCGUCAACAGCAUGUGUAAUAUUUUGCAGCCUUACGUCUCACCAAUAAAGUUUGCUAAUUAUAAUGGAUCGGAUGUGUCCAACGAGAGUUAUGAAGAUUUAAAUUUGAAACGGAAAAAAUCAGUACAAUCAAGAAAAUGCAGUAAAACAUGUGACCACAAGCCACUGACAAGGAAAAAAGCUAAAACAUGGGCUAAGACACGGUAUUCAGACUACGGUUGGCAGCCCCUGUGUAAACGUUCGUUGCAUAGAGAUAAGGAGGUCAGAGCAAGACGGCGCUCUAGCGAACCGUGGCACAGCGCUCCCAAGUUACAAACUUCCAAAGUAUUGGCAUCUUCUUCAACCUGCAGUCUAUGGCCAGAUAACAUGACAGAAAACUAUUGUAAAAAACAAAGAACAACAAAACGACGUUGUAACCGUAAUAAGGCCAUACAUCCAAUGCUGGAAAUAGCUCGGUACAUAGAUAGAAUAUUAAUGGAUAUUGAUGACUCUAAUCCGUGAAAUUAUUGUCACACAUUAAACAAUUAUAUUACA